UUGUCCCGUUCUCUUUUUGGCCCCACAUUUUGCAUUUUUUUAGAGCAAAAAACCAGUGGAGCGCCACAGUUUGUUGGAAAAUUUCAAUCAGUGACAAUCUACGAAGGCGAUUCAGUCGAGGAAAAAGGAAGUGGUGAAACGACAUUACAGAUUCUGAAUGCCAAAAUGAGUGAUGGUGGCUGGUACCAGUGUGAUGCUACUAAUCAGUCUGGAACUUCUUCCAUGAAAGGGCGCGUUGUUGUCCAAUCUCGUCAAAAACUGGAUUCAGCGGAACGUGAUCAGAUUCCGCUGCGGAAGGUUGAUCGUCGCGUUGCCAGAUAUGGAGCCAAAAUCGAGGAAAAUGGGGGUGAAAUUCGAGCAGCCUCCAAGCAACCACCGAAAUUUUUGGAUACAGUGAAAAACUUGAACUUGAUUGAGGGACAGACUGCCCUUCUGGACUGCAAAUAUUCACCAGCAGAUGAUCCAAAUUUGAAAAUAGCUUGGCUUUUGAAUGGAAAGGCUGUCUUGGCGAGUUCCCGGUUGUCCACGGUAGCUGAUGCUGGCUAUGCAGCGUUGGAGAUCAACCCGGUGACAGUGUUCGACAAGGGCGAAUAUACAAUUGUCGCUGUAAAUACACUUGGUGAAGCCCGACAGUCUGCAACCGUUGAUGUUACUGGUCAGAUAUUCCUUUGUUAUAAGUAGUA